AGUGCAGGGUGAAGAAAUUACAGAGAGAGGGGUGAAGAGGCACUGAAAGGUGUCACUAAAAUAACAAACUUCACAGGAUUUAAAGGCAGAAAGAUACCAAAUCAAAGAAAGAAUACAAUGGCUUGAAAGAAAGGAGAAACUGGAUAUAUAUUUCUUUCCUUACAGGAGUCGACGAGUUUCAAGAGGGCUUUUCCCAUCCCUUUCCUUCAUCAUGGUGGAUCUAUUCCUAAACCGAGUUCUCGUGGAGAACAACUGGGACCAGGAUGAAAUGAACACGGAGCGUGAGAUUGUCGGUAUCCUCGAAAACCGCAUCCUGAUGCUCUUCUUUGCAUCUACUAAGUGUGACAAGUGCCAAGAGUUUCUGCCCGUUCUGAAUGACUUUUUUAAGAGACUGAAAGAUCCAGCAUACAUCGAAUACCCCAAACUGCUUGCACUCAUCUACAUCAGCUUGGACCAAUCAGAGGAGCAGCAGGAGAGAUUCCUCAAAGAGCUGCACAAAAAGGUUCUGUUUUUGGCCUUUGAGGACCCAUACAGGAAAGAACUGCAAGCCAUGUUUAAGGUGAAGGACAUACCGACAGUAGUGGUGCUUCGUCCUGAUGGCUCCGUCCUCACUCCAAAUGCUGUGCAGGACAUCUGUCGUUUCGGUUCCGACUGUUUCAGAGACUGGCAGGAAUCAGCAGAGCUUGUUGAGAGGAGCUUCAUGCUCAACGAGGAGUUCGACAACCUAAAUCUGCGUAGCGCCACUGACCCUGUGAGGAGACUGAAGUAUAAGUCAGAGGACGACAAGAGGAAAAAGAGAUGGUGGAAGUUAUGAGGGAAGGGCAAAGAUGGAAAUGAAGAGGAGGAAGAGAAAGAUGGAACGUGGAUACAAAGAGAAAGGACGGAGAUAAUGGAAUAAGGUGGAGAAGAUGAAAAGAAAAAACACACAUAUAUAAAUAUAUAAGGCAAAAGCUUUUGUGUUUAUUGUCUUACGACACGGCUCCAAGUCCAGUCUCAAGUACUUAAAUCUUGGUUACUUAUUGAUGGUGCUCUUUACGGGCUCUUUAAGAGCAUUUUGUCUGCUUGCAAUGACACGUACAAAGAAGCACACUGAAACGAGAUCCAUUGUUGUGUGGCCAGAGGUCAAGUGUAUUUUAUAUUUAUAUAUAUGUAUAUGUAUACAUAAUUGCAUUCUUUUCUUCCUAUUAUUACUAUUAUUAUUAUUAUUACUGCCAAGUUAUGAUCCAGACCAGUAUGAGGAGUUUUCAGUCAAACACAGAAACAUUCAUAUAUGUGUCUAAAAUGGUAUCUGUCUAUAUAAGUCCCAGAAUCCCAAUUUAAAGCUUCACAAAUCAGUAUGUGUGAAGAGUGGAUCAAAUGACUAUUUGUAGUGAGAAAGGGGUUACUCUUAGAGACUAACCCAACUGUGCAGCUCUUUUUUCACCUCUUUUAGCUUAAUGUUUUGUGGUCAUUCAGGUCAUUUAAUUCACAUCCACCCCAUUUCCCACAGCACCAGGCAGAUGUUUUCAGCUGCACAGCAGCAAAUGACAAACAGCCAAGGUUAACGACAAGCUACUGAAGAAAGUUUAACAUCUUGCAGCUAGAGACCCACAUAUUUUUUCUCAGGAGCUGGUGGAGAAGCAGAGCUAUAAGAGGAGAAUUUUAUUUUAUUGGACUCAUCAGGACAGAAAUACAACUUCAAAUGAAUGAUAAUGUUGCUCUGUGUCUGCUGGAUGAGUAAAAACCCAAAUGUUUAACCAAAAGAUUUCUAGCACAGAGUAAUAAUAUGUUAUGGCUAUGUGUUUUCUUGCAUUUUUAGGGAGUUUUUAUGCUCCCAAGUGGCCAAAAUAUAGAACUUUAAACUACAUUUAGGCGCUGGCGCCUGCUGGUGUUUUAAAACUUGAAUUAAUAUUUUGUCAAGCACUGUCAAUUUGUUAUUUAUUUGUAACAUUAUUUGCAAUCCUCUGUUGCGUCGAAUCACUUUUGUCUUGUUAUUAAAGGUCCACUGUGCAAUAUUUGGGACGAACUAUUAGCAGAAAUGGAAUAUCAUUUUGGACAAACCAAACACUGGCUGUAGAUAGGGCCUUUCGUGUUUUUCACAAGUCUCGCAGCCGCUGUAGUUUCUCCUACACACUAAACAGCCCUUUCUCAUUCUCAGGUCGUCAAAUACAGAAGCCAGCGGUUUUCAGUUAGUUCCAAUCUUAAACUUCACCGCUAGAUGCCACUAAAUCCUACACACUGGUCCUAAAAAAAUAAAUAUAAGUUGUAUUAAUAAAUUCUCUAUUCUGCCAACAAA